GGAAACGAGCCGUAGGGACCGGAAGUGACCUUCUAUAUUUCCCCUCCUCACGUGGUGCGGGCGGGAAGUGACGCACGCAGCCCGGGAGCUGUGGACUCGGAGGCCGACGGAGCCGGAGUCGCCAACGCCGCGGGGUCUCCGGGACAGGAAUCCCACAGUCCUGUAUCCAGAUUGUGUCAGGGAGGUUGCUGGGACCCUGGUCAUGGCCAGAGAAAUGGCAGCCACACUGGAUUUGAAAUCAAAGGAAGAGAAAGAUGCCGAACUGGACAAGAGGAUCGAGGCCCUCCGGAGGAAGAAUGAGGCCCUCAUCCGGCGCUAUCAGGAGAUCGAGGAGGACCGUAAAAAAGCCGAACUGGAAGGGGUAGCGGUGACAGCGCCCCGGAAGGGCCGCAUGGUGGAGAAGGAGAAUGUGGCGGUUGAGGAGAAGAGCCUGGGACCCUCCCGGAGGUCUCUUGGGACCCCUCGGACCCCAGGGGCCAGCAGAGGGGGGCGGACCGCCCCGCAGCAGGGAGGCCGGGCAGGUGUGGGCCGGGCACCUCGAAGCUGGGAGGACAGUCCUGGGGAGCAUCCUCGAGGAGGAGCUGGGGGCCGGGGCCGGAGGGGCCGGGGCCGAGGGUCCCCUCAUCUCUCAGGAGCCGGUGACAGCUCAGCCUCCGACCGAAAAUCCAAGGAGUGGGAGGAGCGGCGGAGACAGAACAUUGAGAAGAUGAACGAGGAGAUGGAGAAGAUCGCAGAGUAUGAGCGCAACCAGCGGGAAGGGGUGCUGGAACCUAACCCCGUUCGAAACUUUCUGGAUGACCCCCGGCGACGCAGUGGACCCUUGGAGGAGCCUGAGCGGGACCGCCGGGAGGGCAGUCGCCGGCAUGGGCGCAACUGGGGGGGCCCUGACUUUGAGCGAGUGCGCUGUGGCCUCGAACACGAGCGGCAGGGCCGCCGUGCCAGCCCGGCUGGUACUGGUGACAUGACGAUGUCCAUGACGGGUCGGGAGCGGUCAGAGUACCUGCGCUGGAAGCAGGAGAGGGAGAAGAUUGACCAGGAGCGGCUGCAGCGGCACCGAAAGCCCACCGGCCAGUGGCGACGCGAGUGGGAUGCAGAGAAGACUGAGGGCAUGUUCAAGGAUGGCCCAGCCCCUGCCCAGGAGAUAGCCUAUCACUAUGGAGAUGACAAGGCUUGGGCCCGGCCCCCCAAACCUCCUACUUUUGGGGAAUUCCUGUCGAAGCACAAAGCUGAGGUCAGCAGUCGUAGGCGAAGAAAGAGCAGCCGACCCCACCCCAAGGCAGCCCCCCGGGCCUACAGUGACCAUGAUGACCGCUGGGAGGCAAAAGAGGAGGCAGUGUCCCCAACCUCCGAGGCCCCACAGCUGGAGACGACGCCAGUGCAGCCUCCAGAGACCCCGGUCCCUGCCCACCAGCCUCCUGAGGAUGACGGGGAGGAGGAUGAAGAAUGGGAGGACGUGAGCGAGGAUGUGACGGAGGAUGAGGAGGAUGAGGAGGGGGACGUGGAAGAGGAAGAAGAAGGGGCCUUAGAACAGGAAGGAGAGCCAGCCCAAGAGCACCAAAGCCACGAGGCUGAGUCCACUGGCCACUCUGCCAGUGAACUGGCCAAAGAAGUGCCCUCCAGCCCCUUCUCACCGGCCGGCGGCCACCAGCCUGUGUCUGACUGGGGUGAGGAGAUGGAGCUGAAUUCUCCCGGCACAGCCCAGCCAGUGGGCACCCUCUCUCCGGGAGGUGACCAGCCAGCUUCUGCCUCUCUGGAAAGUAUGUUGAGCCUCCCAGGAACCCAGAAAGCAGAAGAGGAGGGGUCUGAGGCAACUCCAGAGGCGAGUCCCCAGGGCCAGGAGACAGCGGAGAUCACCGACUUCCAGAGGGCCUCCCCGAGCUCCUGAAGAUGCUGCUGGGAGGGGACUGAAGCUUCCCCGCCUUGAUGGGGAGGGGGCGGCAGAAUGGGAGUUUUCUGGAUCUCCAGGCUGUGUUCUCUCCUCCCAGGAGCCCACUCGGGACCCCAUGGCUCGAGGGAGAGAGAAACGUUGAGGGUGGUGGAGUUGCUGGGGAAGGGGCGUUGCCAGGGCGCAGGGUGGAGCUGGGCCCUCAGCAUGAGGCUGGAUUUAGAACACUGGGACUCUGGGAAGCAGGUGACAUAGGGGCAGGGGCAGGAUGCUUGAGAGGGUCCAGGUAGAGGUGAGCAGAGGGGUGGGGCGUGGCUAGGGCUACGCCUCAAGGCCCGCUGUGGCUCCCCUUGCCAGUAUUGGGCAGGAUCACCGCUGGGGGUGUGGUCAGAAAGCAGUGCCAAGGGCUAGGUGGAGUGGAAGAGCUGGAAGGGAAAGGGCAAGGUUCGAAGGCUGGAGCUGACUGACUCGUAGGAAGGGGAGUGAGGGCUGAGACUUAGUGGGGUCUAAAGCGUGACGCAAGGUUGAAUCUAGAAAGGCGGUGGGAAGGAGCCAGGGCUAGGUUC